GACCCUCUCUGAGUGGCACAACAACUACCUCCUGACCAGACUCUCCCUCUCCCGGAACCAACACCCCACAGGGCCCUGAAACAGGCGGAUUUCCGAGCACCCCCCAAAUGGUCUGGGAUCACCCCCUUGCCUCCACGAUCCUGAGACCCUCCAACUGCACGCCCCCGCCCCUCUCCAGCCAACGUCGGUGCUGUUUCUUUAACUCUGCUUGCUCCGGGUGGUGAGCCCUGCCCGGUCCUCCCGCCUCCUUCUCCGCCGCUCCCUCUCCCUCCCGUCGGAGUUUCAGGUGAAUGGGUCACAGAGGGAGGAGGCCGGCCACGCCACACCUCGUCGCUAGUGCCCACCUCCCGGUCCCUCUUUCCUUAGGCGACAGCGGUAGAGUUGCUGGAGAGCGGUCCAGCGCACGGAGCAGCCGGCUAGGGGCGCAACAGGUUUGCUUAUCUUGGGAGCCUUGACGUCUUGCUCAUCAUAAAGAUCAGGUGACCAGUGACAUCAGCCAUGUCUGUGAGGCCUUUUGAAAGUCCACCUCCUUACAGACCUGAUGAAUUCAAACCCAAUCAUUAUGCACCAAGCAAUGACAUGUAUGGCGGAGAGAUGCACGUCCGACCAAUGCUCUCUCAGCCGGCGUACUCUUUUUAUCCAGAAGAUGAAAUUCUUCACUUCUACAAAUGGACGUCGCCUCCAGGAGUGAUUCGGAUCCUGUCUAUGCUCAUUAUUGUGAUGUGCAUUGCCAUAUUUGCCUGUGUGGCUUCCACCCUUGCUUGGGACAGAGGCUAUGGAACAGGCCUCUUUGGAGGAAGCUUAAACUACCCUUAUGGAAGUGGCUUUGGCUAUGGAGGUGGCUACGGAGGUUAUGGCUAUGGCUACGGCUAUGGCUAUGGAGGGUAUACAGACCCAAGAGCAGCAAAAGGUUUCCUGUUGGCCAUGGCAGCCUUUUGCUUCAUUGCUUCCUUGGUAAUAUUUGUUACCAGUGUUAUAAGGUCUGGAAUGUCCAGAACAAGAAGAUACUACUUGAUUGUGAUCAUAAUCAGCGCUAUCCUCGGCAUCAUGGUGUUUAUUGCCACGAUCGUAUACAUAAUGGGAGUAAACCCAACUGCCCAGGCAUCUGGAUCUAUGUACGGUUCACAGAUCUAUACCAUCUGCAGCCAGUUCUAUACUCCUGGGGGUACUGGUCUCUACGUGGAUCAAUAUUUGUAUCACUACUGUGUGGUGGAUCCCCAGGAGGCUAUAGCCAUUGUUCUGGGGUUCAUGAUUAUCGUGGCUUUUGCUUUAAUCAUCUUUUUUGCUGUGAAAACCCGAAGAAAGAUGGACCGGUAUGAUAAGUCCAAUAUUUUGUGGGAUAAGGAACACAUUUAUGAUGAACAGCCCCCCAAUGUUGAAGAGUGGGUUAAAAAUGUGUCUGUAGGCACCCAGGACAUGCCUCCACCCCCAUCUGACUAUGCGGAAAGAGUUGACAGUCCGAUGGCGUACUCCUCUAAUGGCAAAGUGAAUGGCAAGCGAUUAUACCCAGAGUCUUUCUAUAAGUCACCGCCUCUGGUGCCUGAAGUGGCCCAGGAGCUUCCUCUGACCUCGUCUGUGGAUGACUUCAGGCAGCCUCGGUACAUCAGCAAUGGUAACCUAGAGACACCUUCUAAAAGGGCUCCCACCAAGGGGAAAGCAGGAAAGUCCAAGAGCACAGACCCAGACCACUGUGAAACAGACUACACGACGGGUGGCGAGUCCUGUGAUGAGCUGGAGGAGGACUGGAUCAGGGAAUAUCCACCUAUCACUUCAGAUCAACAACGACAACUCUACAAGAGAAAUUUCGAUGCAGGUCUGCAGGAGUAUAAGAGUUUACAGGCAGAACUGGACGAGGUCAAUAAAGAGCUCUCUCGUCUGGAUAAAGAACUGGAUGACUACAGAGAGGAGAGUGAAGAGUACAUGGCUGCUGCUGAUGAAUAUAAUAGACUAAAGCAAGUUAAGGGAUCUGCAGAUUAUAAAAGUAAGAGGAAUUACUGCAAGCAGUUGAAGAGCAAAUUAUCACACAUCAAGAGGAUGGUGGGAGACUACGACAGACGGAAAACUUAGGCAGAUGCCACGGGCUGGAGAAGUGAGAGGUGCAUCUGCUUGCCCGAUGUCUCUGCAAUUCUCUCCAGGGGCAAACUGACUUUGGACUCUAACCUGGGAAGUUAAAACUUUGUGAUCACUACAAAGUUUCUAUAGCUUUAAUACCAUCAGUUUCCUAUAUCCAGUAUUGAAGCAUUUUAUAAAUGGCUUUUGAUAAUUGACUGGGCUGAACACUCCGAUUAAGAAUUUUACGGUUUCAACCAGUUUCAGCAUUGAUUCUUGUAUUAAGAAUGCAAUGUCGUCUGAGGUUUUAAAUGCCAGGACAGGUCCAGGUGGGAACUGUGAUGCGAACCUUCACAGGCCAGACAGUGAGGCGUGUUCCUUCAGGUAGAUCAUCUCAUGAAUCUUUGCAGCCCCCCCACCCCCCUCAGGUGCCUAGUAUUUAUAGUCAGGCUGUUUUUGGUUUUCCAGACAGGACUCCUCUGUGUAGCCCUGGCUGACCUAGAACUUACUCUGUAGACCAGGCUGGACUCACAGAAUGCCUCUGAGUGCUGGGUGCAGGGACUAAAGGCUGUACCUUUCUCAUCACUUUUCCUGUAAGGAAACCGGGUCCCUGCAGUGACAUCUCUAAACUGAAACUGCUUGCUUCACAAAGGCAGUUUUGGCUAAGUCUGUUUUAUGACUCUGUAAUUUGCUGCCUUUCGUACCCGCCACCCCUGCUGUGUAUGAUGCAUUCUAUCGGCCACUUCCCUACCGAUGUUUUUCUUAUAUUGACUUUAACAAAUGAAUAGGAUUAUUUUUUAGCUUUAUAUUUUUCCUAACACUUAAAAUCAUAUAAAAUUAACAAAUAUGUGAAAUUUAAGAAUUGUAAAUAUAUAUUUACAUUUGAAAGAUGAUUUUAAAUCUGGGGUUAAAGUGCUUUUUGUCUUUUAUAGUUUACAUCCUUUUUUUUCUUUUGGAUAACCCACUAGACCUUUCCAUUGUAUCAGAGUAUCCAAUUACAUUUACAAUUAUGGCUUGAAUUGUAUUUCACAGGAAUGCUCAAGUUUUGUACAUAUUUUAUAAGGUAUUAAACCUGAUGUUCUCUUUCUAUAAUGUGCUUAUUUGAUGUCAUUAAUACUGUAUAUUCAGUUGUGCAAAGCUAUGCUACAGUUUCAGUGUGUGAACUAUCUUGGGUGCUCUGCUAACAGGUGAUUUCCCAGUCCUUGGGCAGUGAACAAGGUAUGUCUAGAAAUGGGAUAAUGUUCAUAGGACAGCACAAUACUUAAACAGUGUCUGUAAAUCCCAUGAUGUUCUUUAAAAAUUAAAAUUCUUGUCAGUAGCAUAAAAUUAGUUGAUAGUGUUUUAUAAACCAAAUUGACAUCAGGCCCUUGGUCUGUUUUAGCUGAAAAUGUUUUAUAUACCUUUCAGAUAUUGAAGUACAUGUUUUUGUUUAUACAAUUUUUGAAUUAUUCUCCAAUGAUAAAAGUUUAAAUAAUGUUUUUAUGUAACACUGGUUCAAUUUUCUUUAAAAUUGAAGAAAAUUUUUAUUUUCUAUAUGCUGAACAUAUUGCAAAAAGUAUUUUUAUACCUUUUGGAUUGACACCAAGUAGAAAGGGCUGUUUGGAGCUCCUUCACUGACCUUUAUAUUAGUUAACUCUUCACUCUUGGGAAUCACUGUUCUUUUGUGUUGUUUUAUUUUGAUUUAGACAGGGUUUCACAAGGUAGCUUGAAGCUGGCCUUGAACUAAGGAUUGCUUCAGGCUGGCUCCACUCCCUGGUGGCAGGUAGAUUAGAGGUUCUCCAUGCCUGGCUCCUACUUAGUUUAUGAAGCCAAUUUGCUAGUGUCCUCACAAAACAGGUCUGUUUUGUUAGAUGAAGGAAAUGAAGUGGCAGGAAUUAUAAAACUGUGUCAUAAAAUUAGAUGUUGGAAGGAUAAAUGAAAUAAUUCUUUUCCAAUGUGGUGCUACCACUGCAGGCCUGAAGCCAGUACCAGGGUGUGUCCAUCGGUCUGUUCAGGCAGUUUCUUAAUGUAAAAUAAUGGCUAGAUUAAAUUUUAGAGGCAUUUUCAUACCUGCUUUCUGCUAGUAAAACUAUUCUGGGCAAUAGUUACGUGAAAACAUAACCCUUAUGAAGUUCCAUGUAUUAAAUGAUGCUCUGUGUGUGUGUAUGUGUGUUUAUGUUUUAUUAUAAGUAGGUAAGAUCAAUGUUUUCUGUUUUGAAAAGCUGAGAACACUAGAAUAAACAUAAAUGAACUAACCCCUCCCCCAGGAAAAGCAAUGGUGUUUUGUUGUAUGUGCUUUAUAUUUUUGAAAUAAAGUCUAGUAUUUACGGUAAA